AUGAACGUGGCCGGGAAUCAAGCACCCGAAGUGAUCGAGCGCCCGGCCAGCCUCCUCGUGCCAACUUGGACAAAAACUGGGAUAGCCUUGCUGUACAGUGAAGAGACCAGUAAUACCUAUGAUAUCCGUCUCAAGCUGACAAAAGAAGUAUUAAUCAUACAGAAGCAGGAUGUGAUCUGUAUCAGUGGAGGUGAAUCCCAUUCAGAUCACAGAACCGUUGUACUUCGAAGACAAGCUGCUGGAGGUUUUGGUCUAAGCAUCAAAGGAGGUGCAGAACACAAAGUGCCUGUGGUCAUUUCAAAGAUUUUCAAAGAUCAAGUUGCUGAUCAAACAGGAAUGCUGUUCAUUGGAGAUGCCGUGUUACAGAUCAAUGGCAUCAGUGUUGGAAAUGCAACUCAUGAAGAAGUUGUGCAUCUCUUGAGGAACGCCGGGGAUGAAGUCACCAUCACAGUUCAGUAUCUCAGGGAGGCUCCAUCAUUCCUGAAACUCCCACUAGGUUCUCCGGAACCAUGCAGUGAUCAUAGUAGCAGAGCAUCUUCUCCACUUUUCGACAGUGGUUGUCAUCUAAAUGGAAAUUCUAACCAUACAGUCCCUUCCUCACCCUUAUCGCCCUCAGCUAAUGAACCAAAGUACGAGAAGCGGUGGGUGGACACCCUGUCCCUCCCGUUGCUGAUGGCCCGAGUCUCCAGAUAUAGAGCCGGCACACACAAAUUAAGGCCGAACUGUUUUGAAGUCAUUGCCUUAGAUGGAGAAUGUUCCAGUAUUCUACAAUUCAGCACAGCCUCCGAAAGCACAGACUGGCUUCAAUCAAUAUCCACCAACAUCAACAACCUUACACUUGAAAAUAUGAAAGUGAUUAACAAAUGCUUUGCACCUGAGGACCAGAUAAUUCACAUGGGGUGGGUGUGUGAAAACCUUCAGGCCAGUGACUCUUCCCCGCUCUACAACUUCAAGUUCCUAGCACUGAAAGGAUCUUCCCUCUUUAUCUUCAGGAGACCUCCUGUCAGCACAUUGGACUGGGAGCGCCCUGAAGCCAUCCAUAACCUCUGUGAAGUUCUGUUUAAGACUCACAAGCUGUGCAUUGCAGAGGACUGCUGGAUCCAGAUGAAGGCCCACCAAGGUCUUCAGCGUGACUGCGAACCCAAGGAGAGCCGACCUUUCUCCUUCAGCGUGCUGGUGGGCCAUGGGCAGAGCCACUCCUUCAGUGUGGAGUUGGGCAGUGACCUCGUCACAUGGGAAAAGGCUUUCCAAAGAGCCGUCUUCAUGGAAGUACAAAGAGUAGGGUCAAAGACCUACAUGUGUAGUAGCCAAGGAAAAAUCCUCUGUUUCACUAUUGAUUUUGGAUCUGGCUUCACAUGCUCUGAAAGUAAUACAAAGAACAUUUUGUGGAGGUAUAAAUUCUCCCAGCUGAAGGGAUCUUCUGAUGAUGGCAAGACUCGCGUGAAACUCCUGUUCCAGAAUUCAGAGAACAAGCAAAUAGAAAUGAAGGAGUUGGAGUUUGCAAACCUGACUGCUGUCUUACACUGUGUCCACUCCUUCAUCGCCGCCAAGGUAGCAUCUGUGGACCCCGUGUUUAUCAGCAGUCACAGCAUUGCUAGAAAGCACACGUACAACUAG